GUCCAGAUCCGGCCUCCUUGGCUAUUUCCGGCUGACUUUAGCCAUCCAGCUCUGACAGAUAAUGGCACGUAAAAGAGCCAUCUUUAGAAACUUCCCCAAGUGGUGGCUUUUCAAAUUAAGGAAGCGGAAAGCACGUAGGCUUGCUCCACUGCCUCCCCCAUCACCUCCACCACUGCCUCCCCCACCAUCUCCUCCGCCACCCCAAUCACCUACACCACCUCCCCCAGCUAUUCCUGAGCCUUAUUUUAGCCCUGUUACCCACAAUCAAGAGCGCCGUGAUCAAAUUGCCAAUGCUCUAGUUAUGCUUGCUAUUGGUGAUCCUGAAGCUGAAGAUGAGAGUUAUGAUACAUUCAUUCCUGUCAUCAAUCUUAGGGCGCAUCAAGGAUCGUAUUGCCUUCUUUUUGAGAGUGCUCUAAUGAAACAGCGUGAAGACGAAUCUCCAUUUGGUCAUCAUGUCCUAAACUUUCCUCUUCCUGAUGACAGUGAUGUUUUACCUGUGCCCACAGAUGCUAUGCAAACAAAGACCUUUGAGAAUACAGAAGGGGAAAUAAGUUUGACUGUGCUAUCUUGUAAAACAGAAUUCCAUCACUGUGAUUCCAUUGAAUUUGGAGGAGAGGUUGUAGUGGGUCAGAAGUUGUUCUUAUAUGACCUCAGAUAUGGCACUCCUUCACUCGUCGAUGGCCAUGUGACCUGUGUAGGUUCAGAUUCUUUUGUGCUGGAUGCUAACUCAUGUGAUGGUUUUGUGAAUGGAGCUCUUGUAUUUGAUGAUGAAAAUAGACUCGUUGGAGUGGUGUAUCAUCAAGUCGGCUCUCCAGUAGCUGUCAAUAUUGAUCGUUUAGAGGAACUCUUGUUACAAAUCUUUCCUGGGAAUCAGAAUAUGGAUGACUUUUACCAGAGUUUAGAGCAAAUGUGAGUGGCCCCAGCUCCACCUCAGGGCUAAGCAGGCGGUGCUUAAAUUGGCGCCUUGGCUGUGCUUUGCUGCUCUGCUUCGGCUGUGUUUUUGCCAAUCAAUGUUGUACUUGCGUGUCUGCUCAACAACUUCUGGCAGCUACUUGUGUUAGCCUAUGACUAUCCCAAGCUACUUGUGUUAGCCUAUGACUAUCCCCAGCUACUUGUGUUAGCCUAUGACUAUCCCCAGCUACUUGUGUUGACUCUAUUAGCCUAUGGCUACCCCUUUUUAUUUUGAAGUUGUUGCAGUAACCCUGCUAUGUUGGCUGUUAAGAGCGACUUGCCGAUUGUUAUGCUGUAGACAAAACAGAGUUUUGGUGAUGCUGACAAAGGGGUGGUAAGACAA